AUGUCCGAAAGCUCUCGAGGCACGCUCGUGCCGCCGUGGUACAAAUCCAACUUGCCGAGCCGCGAUGAAGAAAACAUCGCCAGCAUCAUUUGGGGGUUCACGCUGGGGUUGGGCGUCUGGACCGGGACGAAGGCGAUACAACAGACCAUGGCGACGUUCGACAAGAUACACCGAGUCAGCGCAUAUAUUGCGCUAGUUUGGGCCGAGUGGAUAGCCUGCAUGGUCUUUGGAAUCGCAACGUGGAUUUUCCUUCGAGGAUGGAUUGGACCCAGCUUCGAAGUCUUCUUUUUGGCCCUCGUUUUCUGGUCCGUCCAGGUGCAGUGCCUCAUGCAAAUCAUCGUCAACCGAAUUGCUCUCCUCAUGCACGACCCAGCCCAAACAACGCGCCUCAGAUGGGGCGUCUUUCUCUUGCUGCUGGCCGUCAACGUCAGCGUCUUCUGCGUAUGGAUACCGGCACGGCUGCAGAUCAGCCCGGGCAUCACCCACGCCAACGACAUAUGGGACCGUGUUGAGAAGGGCAUCUUCCUCGUCAUCGACGCAGCGCUCAACCUGGCCUUCAUCUUCCUGGUACGGUCGCGAUUGAUCGCCUACGGCCUCACCAAGUACAAGGUCUUGUUUCAAUUCAACCUGGCCAUGAUCUGCAUCUCGAUGUCUCUCGAUGUUAUGCUUAUCGGCCUCAUGUCUCUUUCGAACAACUUCGUGCAAGUACCUCCGCAUUGUGGCUAUACCCUAUUCCACCCCCUCGCCUAUCUCGCCAAACUACACAUUGAGAUGAACAUGGCUCAGCUCAUUGCCAAGUACCCGGGCCAGGAGGCCGACAACUCCAUCACGGACGUUCUCUGGUGGCCGAAGGAUUAUGACUUCCCCGUCGUCAAUCUGACCGAGCCCGACGGCAGCUUGGUGCGCGACUCGUCCAAGUGGCAGUCCGAUUUCACCGAGGGCCAUCUCAUCGACUACCACCACGUUGACGCCAAGAAUAUCGAGCCCCUGUAUGAGUUUAGUUUCGGCCUGGGCUACACUAAGGUCGAGGUCGGCAAGGAGAUCACCGUCUCCAAGCUCAACAAGGGCAACCUGUCGGAGCUGCCCGACGCCAAGGCCAAGAUCGAGUUCGGCGGCAACGUCGACCUGUUCACUGAGCUGCUGCAGGUCGAGGCUGAGGUUUCGAACACUGGCAAGCGGGAAGGCACCACCACAGUUCAGCUGUAUAUGUCCUUCCCCGAGAGCGAAGUCAUGGAGAAGGCCUCGGUUAAGGUUCUCCGAGGCUUCGAGAGGGUGACCCUGGCACCCGGCGCCAACGCCAAGUCGAGCAACGGCCAGCCAGAUACCGAUUCGAACCCCGAGAUUGACGACGACUGGAACCCAUCACCUGCGACCAGCAAUCCCGGUGGAUACGUGGGACCCGCGCGCCCAGCCGAGCUCGACCGGCACGAGCGCGACACAGCCAUCGACGACGACGACGACGACGACGACGAACAGCCAGCUAACCAUCGAUCAGUCCUCAAGCAGGACUUUACAGAAAUGUCAACAUGGGCGGGGCUACCCCAUAUCAAGGGGAGCUCCGAGGCGAUGCGCAUGGUCCUGUUGACCUUCAAUGCCAUCGGUAUAACCUUCACAUGGGGAGUGGAGAUGACCUACUGUACACCAUAUCUCCUAAAUCUCGGCCUCACCAAGAGUAACACCUCGCUAGUGUGGAUCGCCGGGCCCCUAUCAGGGCUCAUUGUCCAGCCCAUUGUCGGUGUCAUUGCCGACCAGUCAACCUCCAAAUGGGGUCGCCGGCGCCCUUUCAUCGUCGUGGGCUCCAUCAUUGUCGCCUUCUGCCUCAUUGUCCUCGGCUUCACCAAGGAAAUUGUGGGCUUUUUCGUUGCUGAAGAGGAGUCUGCUCGUGGGUUCACGAUUACCCUCGCGGUGCUGGCAAUUUAUGCCGUCGACUUUGCCAUCAAUGCUGUCAUGUCCUGUGCCAGGAGCUUGAUCGUCGACACCCUACCUAUCGAGAAGCAGCAAGCGGGCGCGGCAUGGUCUAGCAGAAUGUCUGCUAUGGGCCACAUGAUGGGAUACGGAGCUGGCGCCAUCGACCUGGUGGGCAUCCUCGGAACGACUCUAGGAGACACUCAGUUCAAGCAAUUGACCCUAAUCGCCACGUUCUUCAUGCUCUUCUCCUCAGCCGUCACGUGCUGGGCCGUCACGGAGAGGGUGCUCGCGUCCACGAGGCCUGGCCCUCGCAAGGCAGGCGGCCGCUUCAAGGUCUUCCGCCAGAUCUGGUUGACGCUGCUCAACCUACCGCCGCGCAUCCAAACCAUCUGCUGGGUCCAGUUCUGGGCAUGGAUCGGGUGGUUCCCUUUCCUCUUUUACAGCACCACCUGGGUUGGCGAGACGUACUUCCGCUACGACGCACCUGAGGAGGCCAAGAACUCCAAAGACAUGCUCGGCGACAUUGGCCGCAUCGGCAGCACGGCGCUGGUCAUCUACUCGACCGUCACCUUCAUAGGCGCCUGGCUCCUGCCCAUGAUCACCAGAUCGCCCGACGACGAAAAUUACACGGCCCGCCCGCCGCAGGGGCUCGCCACCUUUGCCGAGAAGCUCAGCAAGCGCAAGCCCGACCUCAUGACCGUCUGGAUGGUCGGCCACCUCAUGUUCGCCGGCGCCAUGUUCAUGGCCCCCUUCGCCGCCACCUUCCGCUUCGCCACCUUCCUCGUCGUCAUCUGCGGCCUCCCCUCGAGCAUCGCCAUGUGGGCUCCCGUUACCUUCCUCGGCGUCGAGGUGAACAAGGUCAGCGGCGCAACCGAGGGCGGCGGCCCCGCCUACCGCCGCCUUUCCGACGCUGACGACAUUGAACUGCCCACCCUCGGCCCGGACCAGGUCCUGCACCUGGAGCACGGCCCUGAAGCCGCCGGCGGCUCCUCGUCGUCGUCCACGGGCGAGCUCUCGGGCAUCUACUUUGGCAUCCUCAACAUCUACUCCACGUUGCCGCAGUUCAUCGGCACCUUCAUCAGCACCAUCGUCUUCACGAUCCUCGAGCCCGGGAAGAGCCCCGAGCUCGCCAAGGGGGCCGACCCCGCGGAGCACCACGACACGGACGGGCCGAACGCCAUUGCCGUGUGUCUGUUCAUCGGCGCCUUUUGCGCGGUGGGCGCUGCAUACGCCACAUCGAGGUUGAAACACCUCUGA